AUGGACAUAUCGGGAAGGGAGCUCCUCGAGCGCUUCCACUUCCCCAAGACCCGGCGCUGCUACCUCGCCUUGGCUGCCUCCUGCGCGGUGGUCAUCGUUUUGACCUAUGCAGUGAGCGAACUGGAUCGCACGCAAGGCAAGGAGCUCCACGUCGUGAACUCCUUGGAGGCGCUCCGAGCUGCCCAGGCGAGCCAGGGGCUAGACUGCAACGCCGAAUGUGAGGGGGCUGUGGGCAGGGAAGUCUACGUGGACCGCGUAUGGCCCCAUGUACUGCAAGUCCACUACCCUGAGAAUCCGCCCCCUUCAGGGCCAGAGCUGUUGCUGGCUGGCACCGCCUUCCAGGGCAUGUGGUGCAGCCAAGGGAUCUAUGAGGAGACUGCGAAUUAUGUUUAUAAUUUCGAUUAUAUCUGCAUGAUGUUAAGCCCGUUCUGGCUUUUGUACCCGUUUUUGCGGGAUCGGGAAUUCCGCGAAAUGCGGCGUGAAGUAGACGCUGGGCGAUGCCAAGUCUACCCCAUGGCUUUGGCCGGCGCCACUUGGCAGCAAUUCGCCAUGACGGACUUCAUCAACGACCGGCUUGAAGUUUGGCGUUAUUUUCCCUGGGCCGACCUCGGAGUCAUUUUAUUCAUAGGAUUCGUACUUGCGAUUGUCGAGAUUUGGCUGGGGGUUGUUGCUGGCAUAUUCUCCAUACUCUUCAUGUUCGUGCUUCGCCUGGCUUUCAGGAUCCGAGCUUCCAUGCGCUUCCACAAGCGUGUAGCUCUGGGUCGUGCUGAGCUUUUUGUUUGCGCUGUGCCAGGGGCAAAUCUGGUGUCCAUCGUUUGCGAUGGCCGCGUGUUCUUCUACAAAAACAUAGGAGACCUCCCAGCUCAAGUCCCAAACCGGCUGGGUUUCAGUUCCAUGGCCCUUGCCAGCACGCAGCUGGUUGCGCUCAGAGACUCCGACAGCUCCGAAGAGGGAGGCACGCUCAGCUGGUACUUGAAGGUCAUCUAUGGUUAUGCACGAUCUCCACGCGGAGAUGGGCCUUGGAGCGUCGGAUCGAAGCUGUUCCCAGUUGAUAGCGCUCGUGUGCAUGACUUCCAGAACUGGCUUGCCGACCUUGACAGGCGGCAGCUCUUUCGCUGCGUGGGGGCUACAGCCCAGCAGCAGAACAUGGUUCAACCGACUCGUGCGGCCUUGCUGACGCCCUUCCACAUACCGCCUGGGGACAUGCAGACGCCACUGAGCAGGAACAAUAUGGUCUUCACUGCCGAUGUGCAGAGGGCGGAUGAUCCCCUUUACAGGCUCUCACUGAUCUCCAUGUCAGGCGAGCAGGCACAAAGCUUCAAGUUCACUAAGCAGGACACGCUGGCGGAUGUUCUCUACCGAGUCGCGAGCAGGCCAGAUUUCCGAGACUAUCAGGUUAAGAUCUUCCUCAGUGACGGUACGCAGCUAGACAACAUGGACCCGCGCAUGACCCUUCCGAAGCUUUGCGAAAGGGCGGCCCAACCAAUGGUGGACCCGGCCGAAACUUGA